UUAAUGAGACGCAGCAGCGUGACUGGAGAUACUCUAGUGCGCAUGCCCGGCCCCGCGCCACUGCUGCUUCCAACAACAAGCGGUAGUAAGCAAUAUGGCCGACCUGGGGAAGAAGUACUGCGUGAACUGCCUGGCAGAUGUUACAAAUUUGCGGAUUCGCUGUGCCGAAUGUCAAGAUAUUGAACUUUGUCCGGAGUGCUUCUCCGCGGGGGCCGAAAUUGGCAACCACAGACGAUGGCACAGUUAUCAGCAAGUUGACGGAGGGCGCUUCUCGCUCUGGGGUCCCGAAGCUGAGGGAGGAUGGACCAGCAGGGAAGAGCAGUCGCUGCUCGAUGCCAUCGAGCAAUAUGGAUUUGGAAACUGGGAGGAUAUGGCUGCUCAUGUCGGUGCAUCUCGCACCCCUCAGGAGGUCAUGGAUCAUUACGUUAGCAUGUACAUCCACGGCAAUCUAGGCAAAGCCUGUAUCCCAGACAGCAUCCCAAACCGCGUGACAGACCACACUUGCCCAAGUGGAGGUCCGCUGUCCCCAAGUUUGACCACCCCGUUGCCACCUCUAGACAUAUCUGUGGCCGAGCAGCAGCAGCUUGGAUACAUGCCGCUACGUGACGACUAUGAGAUUGAAUACGACCAGGAGGCGGAGAAACUCAUCAGCGGGCUGUCUGUCAACUAUGACGAUGAAGAUAUAGAGAUUGAGAUGAAGCGAGCACAUGUUGACAUGUAUGUGCGCAAGCUGCGUGAACGCCAGCGACGUAAAAACAUUGCUCGUGACUACAGUUUAGUACCAGCGUUUCUGGGCCGGGACAAGAAAGAUAAGGAGCGUGAGCGGCCUGGUGGUGCAGGUGGGGUUGGAGGGGCUGGUGGAGUUAUUGGAUUGGGAGGAGGUGCCACAAUCAUUCCCACAGGGUCAUUGAGCUCCUGUGCAACAGCAACCCCUAAACGUAAAAUCACCAAGGAGGAGAAGGAGCAGCGGACUAAACUACGUGCCCUCUGCCAAUUCAUGCCGCAUCGUGAGUUUGAAGAAUUCUUUGAUAACAUGCACAAGGAGCGCAUGCUGCGGGCGAAAGUUCGGGAGCUUCAACGCUACAGGCGGAACGGCAUUAUGAGACUCGACGAGUCGGCUGAGUAUGAGGCGGCACGCCACAAACGAGAAAAACGGAAAGAAAACAAAAGUGUAACUGGCUCAAAGAGAGGUAGCAGUGGUGGAGGAGGAGCCGCAGGGCUUGGAGGAGGGGUCGGAGCUGGAGGCGGAGUUGGCGGAGGUGGAGUCGGUGCCAUUAAAGAGGAGGGGAAGGACAGUGAGUUCUCUUCAAUUGAAAACUUGCCUGGCUUUGAACUGCUGUCAGAUCGGGAGAAGGUACUGUGCAAUUCAAUGAACCUUAGUCCCACACGCUAUGUGACCGUCAAGACUAUCAUCAUCAAAGACCACCUACAGAAAAGGCAGGGGAUACCCUCAAAAAGCCGCCUACCCAGCUACCUGGACAAGGUGUUGAAAAAACGGAUUCUUAAUUUCCUUUCAGAGAGCGGCUGGAUAUCCCGAGAAGCCUCCUAACAACACUGUCCAAAGAUUUGGCUAUAAAAAUAAUGACUGUACAUAUAUUUUUCUACUGUUUUUAUUACAUGUCAUGUUUUUAUUACAUGUCAUGAACACUUGUGGGAACAGAAAUACUGUAGGUGCCACACUACUGGAUGUGGACUUGAUCUUAGAUGUCUUCAUAGGAACAUAAACCUAGUGAAAGUUUGCAAAAAGAUUUUGAUUAACAUACAGGUUUCAGCUUACAUAGUCAGUAUAUAGAGAGAACUUACAGAGGGUAUGUUGUCAUACUUUAACACAAAACACAUUUCCACAUGUUAAAAUGCCUUAUUUUUGAAUGUGGCAUUAGAAGAAAAAACAGAACCCAGCUGACUAAGUUUUACAUAAAAUGCACAAUACCACAAAAUAAAUCCAUUAGGAAGAACUGCAAUUAAAGUUCAGAUCGAACAUUAACAAAAGUGAAAAACGAAUGUUAGAUCAUCAAAAGGAAAACGUCUUGUACAAAGCAGAAUUUUGAUAUUGGUUGAGGUUUUUUGUAUUAAGAAGGAAAUUGGGACAAAGUUUCUUGUUCUGCUUGCUAAAAGUCUUGUUCUUGUUGCGUUCAUGUGUUCCAACCUGAGUUUGCUUGUUUCCGUUAGAUAUAUUCUGUUGUGGGAUUGUGAGACACAUGAAGCAUGUUUGAUACAAUGUUCUAAAUGUCUGAUGUUCAUGCUUGUUUUUUGAAGUUGACCUUUGUAAGGUUAUGUUACUAUAGCUUUUUACUGAGCAUGUUUCAGAAGCUCAAGAUAAAUGCCACAUUCCCAGACGACUAUACAAAUAAUUAGCUUCAGGUCUGCAUAGUCUGCACACUCCUGUUUCAAAAAAGGGUAAUAAUAUUUGUAUUUGUUAGGGAAUUGUAAUGGAUAAAGCUGGCCUAAAUACAACAUAUGCAAUACCAAAUGUUUUAUUUCAACUGAGAUUGCAAUUUUUUAUUUGUUAUUGUUUGUUGCCUAGCUAUGUCUACCCCAAAUGUUUUACAUAGUUUAAAAAUGUCUAAUAUAUUAAGAGUGAAGCAGAAUAAAUAGACACAGUAUAACAUUUAACUAUUGUUUUUCCCCAUUUGAUCUCUUUUUAGUGUGUAUACAAUAUAACAAAUAUGGGUUGCCAUUCACCAUCAUCUGAUUGUACACAUUUUUUCUUUAGAUAUUGAGUAAGUCUGAUAAACCAUCCGUCACAUUUGCUAAUAAUAUUUUAACAAUAUUUUGUGCCUUGAGGCAUAUAUGCCCCGUUUUAUUAUUUCAUUCCCUUUAAAGAAUUAUUAUAUUUGAAUAUUGCAUUGCUCCACAUUACAAACCUUAUUAUGUGUUGAUUUUCAAGUGCCCAUUUGAUCCUGUGGCUUUUUUCUAAUUCCUAUGUUAGACGUUAAUCAUAAACAACAUUGUAUUGGGACAGAAACUGAUCAGUCAACGACUUCAGUCUUUUUCUGAUGUACAUGACUGUGUAACUUUUCCAUAAAUAUAAAAAAUAAUUGGAAUAAUGAAACUGAGGGGCAAACAUAGUGGGACUCUUUUUUUUUUUCUGCUGCCUUUUUGCGCUUCAUCACUGUUAAGUUUUAAGAAAUUUUGGAAAGGCUUAGGCUAGGUACAAGUGCUUUCCAUGUUUUUCAUGGUUAUGAAAUAGGAUCACAAGUCCUAUUUUGUCCUAUCUAAUUCUUGAGCCAUUCCUAAAAUGUAAGAGUUUGGUCAAGCGUACUGCAUGUUUUAUUUUGAGGAAAAGGGGUAAAUGUUUCACUUCUGUUUCAAUGUUCAUGCAUAACAUUGCACUAUUUCAGAGUGUAAUUAUUUUUCUAAAGUAACUUAAAAUGUGAGCAGGGAAUCUAUACCGAAAAUGUUCUUAAAGGUAAGACACUAUCUUAAGUACAUUUUUAUAGUUUUUUAGAGCCAAUGUGAAAUUUUAAAAUGACAAGAGAUCUUUUUUCUUGGUUGUGGCAUGUGAUAAAAAUGUUCUCUUGUUAAAUUGUGUUUUGGGAGGAUUAUAUUUGUUGAAUAUGUGAAAAUAUGUAUUUUGCUGCAUAUGUCAUGUUCUCCCAUACUUUGUAUUAAAGUGUUGAA